AUGGACAUUGAAGCAUACUUUGAAAGAAUUGGUUAUCAGAACUACAGGAAUAUACUGGACUUGCAAACAUUAACUGAGAUUCUUCAGCACCAGAUAAGAGCCAUUCCCUUUGAGAACUUGAACAUUCAUUGUGGGGAACCCAUGGAGAUGAGCUUAGAGGCUGUCUUUGAUCACAUUGUGAGGAAGAAGCGGGGUGGGUGGUGUCUCCAGGUCAAUCAUCUUCUCUACUGGGCUCUGACCAUGCUAGGUUUCGAGACCACAAUGCUUGGAGGAUGUAUUUAUAUCCCUUCAGCCUGCAAAUAUAGCAAGACCAUGGUUCACCUUCUACUACAGGUGACCAUCAGUGGCAAAAAAUAUAUAGUAGAUGGUGCAUUCCCAUUUUCCUGCCAGAUAUGGGAGCCUCUGGAAUUAAUUUCUGGGAAGGAUCAGCCUCAGCUGCCUGCCACCUUCCACUUAACAGAAGAGAAUGGAAUUUGGCAUCUGGGUCAAAUUAAAAGACAAGCAUAUGUUCCAAACAAAGAAUUCAUUGAUUCUAAUUUUCUUGAGAAGAACAAACACCGGAAAAUCUACUCUUUUACUCUUGAACCUCAAACGAUUGAAGAUUUCAAGGCUGUGAGUGAAUUCUACGAAGUAGCUCCAACAUCUGUGAUGGUGAACACAUCGCUUUGCUCUCUGCACACCCAAGAAGGGGUUCAUGGCUUAAUAGGCACCACUAUUGCCUAUAAGAAGUUCAAUUAUGAGGAUGAUGUAGAUCUGGUAGAGUUUAGGAGUCUGAAGGAAGAAGAAAUAGAAGAAGUUCUGAAAAGUGUAUUUGGUAUUCACUUGGAAAAAAAACUUGUGCCCAAAUGUGGUAGUGCUUUUUUUACUAUUUAGAGUAAUGAGGAAAAAAAUGAACUUCAAUGUUUUCAUAUGUAGUUAUUCUUUCAUAAUAAAACAAUCAAAUUAUGCAAAUUAGGUGACAGACUAAGUCUCAAGUCAUCAUCACAAAGUUCAUCACUGAUUGACUGGUGGCAUGCCAACAUCUGUCCUCUACAUUAUAUUAAGAAAAUCACAGACAUUGAAUUGCUUUUCCUGUAAAACUACCCACUUAUGUAACUAAAUAACUUUUAAAGA